AUGAGUCUAUCCCGGGAUCCUCGCCUUACCGGCGCUCGUUUGUUCCCAAAUGCCCUUGAUAGCCCCGCCAGUGCCAAACCGUAUACUAUGAGGGAACUGAAACUGAUGCAAGUCUUUGACAGCGAAAUCACUUCUAAAUGGAGGAUCGAAGCUAUGGCUCUGGAUCCCGACGAUAUAACGGAGGCUAUGAUGGACUGGAUUAUCGAGGAGCUUCAAUUCAAAGCUAAAUUGUAUAAAGAGACGGGGCUGACGUACGUCUUUGACGGCGAUGUCGUUAAAUCCGAUUUGAAGAUCCCAAAGUUUCUCCAGGAGUCACUGAAGGUAGCCGUGGCCCCCUUAGAAGACGUUCCUGAGGAGGAAAAAGAUUACCAUCCAUAUUCGGGCGACCAAGUACUUAACCUGGUGCAUCCUUCACUCUUCCCGCUUGUCUACGGGCGGACCCGCAUCGUCCAAGACGGAAGCUUUACACCUGAUGAAGGAGUAAAACGAUCCGGAGAGGGUGAAGUCAUUGAAUGGCCGGGAUACGAACAGCAGGUGCAGGGCUCAACGAAUUCAUGGAGUACAAAGUUUCAAUGGCUCCCGUGCAACAUCUCCUUUGUCCCAACGGCUCCUUCAGGCGACCAAAGUGCAGCGAACUUUGGGUCCGAGAGCUUUCGCUGCAAAAUCAACAGUUACAUUAAUAACCUACACCCUGACGACCACGGAGACCUUUAUUCUAUCCUUGAGGAAAUAAUCACUCGGACAGUUCCUCUUUGGAAUAUGACACUUUCAGGGUUAGGAAUGAGAUUCAACAAACGGAUCAAUUACAACGAUGUUAAAUAUGACCCGGAUCCGGAUGAUAUACCCGAAGAACAAUAUCCACAGCCAGAAGAAAAUGAACCUGAUUAUUCUUAUUGGGCCAGACUUGAGACCUGGAAGCAGGAGAUCAGACAAGUGGUGCUUCCAGAGCCCGGGAAAUUCAUUCCACGACCUGUCUCAUCCAAAUAUACAUUUCUGAAAGAUUACGGAAAAGCGAUCCGUACUCUAGAACAGGACCAAGAGGUUGACUUGUAUGAAAGCUUCAAAGCUUCUGGCCUUCAAGUAAUUGUUAAACUAGCAAAUAUCUACUUGACCCCAGAAGAUCCAGAUUACACGGGAGGCCUGUGGCACGUCGAGGGCCAGUUGAAUGAAAGAAUAUGCGCAACGGCACUAUAUUAUUACGAUAGCGAGAACAUCACCGAUAGCCGUCUCUCGUUCCGGCAAAGCAUCUCUGAGGACUUUUCACUGGAGAUCGGCUAUGAACAAUUCCAUUUCGAAUGGCAGGAGAAAGUAUUCGGCCUUGAAGAAGAAGCUCUUGCAGUUCAGGAACUUGGAAGCGUCAGCUGCAAAGAAGGGCGACUCCUCACCUUUCCCAAUAUCUUCCAGCACCGGGUGGAACCGUUUCAUCUGAAGGACCCGACCAAGCCUGGUCAUCGCAAAAUCGUUGCGCUUUUCCUCGUUGAUCCAAACGUUCGCAUUACUUCUACCGCAGAAGUACCCGCACAAAGGAAGGAUUGGUGGCUCCGACAGGUUCCCUUGGACAAUAUCCUCACGCGACUUCCACAAGAAUUGGGCGACCAAGUACAGAGAGAAUUAAGUGGAUUCCCGAUGACGAUGGAGGAGGCGCAGGAACUCCGCCUCGAAUUAAUGGACGAGCGGGUGGCGUAUGCUGAUGAUGAUGAAUGGCCAGACACUUUUAUUUACUCACUUUGUGAGCACUGA